CUCACAAUAGCUAGGUAUAUUCUUAUGCGAUUUCCUGUUGCGGCAAAGUGUCUCGUGAAAUGAGCGAUCUACAAACAGAAUACUCUGUUGACGAGCCGCUGAACCGUGAGCCACCGCUCAAAGAUCUUGUGUCGAGCUUCUUAACUACUAAGAAUGGCUAUGAUCGCAACCAUGGCCCGAUCCCGCAUCUCGACGCCUCGAAGCACAUUGUGCAAGUCGACGGGGCAGUGAAGAGGCAGCUUUCACUGUCCGUUGAUGAUCUCAAGACGCUGACGCAACAUGAGGUUGUUUGUGCCUUACAGUGUGCAGGGAACAGACGACAUACUAUGCGGACUCAGAUCAAGGAGGUGCAGGGCGUGGACUGGUAUGAUGGUGCUGUCAUGAACUGUAAAUGGGAGGGCCCGUUGCUUAAGGAUGUGCUUGUGCAUGCCGGGAUUGACAUCGAGGAGAGCAGAUGGAAGGAGACACAUGUUGCAUUUGCUUGUUUUCAAGUGAAGGUACAGGAGGACGAUUGGUAUGGUGGGAGCAUACCGCUGGAUAGGGCGAUGAGGGCAGAUGCUGAGGUUGUUUUGGCACUAAAGAUGAAUGCAGAGGUUCUAAAGCCCAAUCAUGGCUUCCCCGUGCGAGUCGUGGUGCCAGGCGUUGCCGGAGCUCGGUCGGUGAAGUGGCUCGAUCGAAUAACCGUACAAGCGACAGAGUCGAAGAACUUCUAUCAACAACACGACUACAAGAUUCUGCCGCCACAUAUCGAUAGCGCUCAGGCCGCGGAAAACAUGUGGGCGAAUGUACCUGCAUUGGAGGAAAUGCCUGUCAACUCCGUCAUUGCUGUUCCCCAGCCAGGGAGCAUCACCGAGCUUGGAUCAGACGGCUGUAUCGAAGUGUCAGGCUAUGCUCUACCAAGCGGCGAAUCAGGACCAGUGGUCAAGGUUGAGGUAACUGCCGAUGAAGGAAUCCACUGGGUUGAGGCAGAGCUGUUGAGUGAUGACGAACACAAAGGAAAGUGGGCGUGGACACUAUGGAAGACGAGGAUAAGCAUGGAGAAGGGCAAGUCGCAAAGACUUUUCAGUCGAGCUACAGAUAAUGCUGGAAAUGUACAGGAGAGCAUGACUAUGUGGAAUCUAAGAGGCGUUUGUUACAACGGAUAUGGCGAAACGAGAGACUUAGCAAUUGUCUGAUGUACCAGAAAUACCCUCUUUCCGCGGUUGCUGUGUUUAGUCGUUGUGGAGUAUGUUUUCAUGGCAAGGCAGAAUUAUUGAUACC